AUGUUCCCCCGCGACACCUCCUGGAACAUCUCGUUCGCGGGCUGCGGCUUCCUCGGCCUCUACCACAUCGGCGUGGCCUCCUGCCUCCGCGAGCACGCGCCCUUCCUGGUGGCCAACGCCACGCACAUCUACGGCGCCUCGGCUGGGGCGGUCACGGCCUCCGCGCUGAUCUCUGGGGCCUGCCUGGGCGAGGCCGGUGCUGACAUCAUUGAGGUGUCUAAGGAGGCCCGGAAGCGGUUCCUGGGCCCCCUACACCCCUCCUUCAAUGUCGUGAAGACCAUCCGUGGCUACCUGCUCAAGACCCUGCCUGAUAACUGCCAUGAGCUGGCCAACGGGCGCCUCGGCAUUUCUUUGACCCGAGUGUCGGAUGGGGAGAACGUCAUCAUCUCUCACUUCAGCUCCAAGGAGGAACUCGUCCAGGCCAAUAUCUGCAGCACUUUCAUCCCUGUGUACUGUGGCCUCAUCCCUCCCUCCCUCCAAGGUGUGAGGUAUGUGGAUGGCGGCAUCUCGGACAACCUGCCGCGCUAUGAGCUCAAGAACACCAUCACUGUGUCCCCCUUCUCGGGCGAGAGCGACAUCUGCCCCCAGGACAGCUCUACCAACAUCCAUGAGCUGCGUGUCACCAACACCAGCAUCCAGUUCAACCUGCGUAAUCUCUAUCGGCUCUCCAAGGCCCUGUUCCCCCCGGAGCCCAUGGUGCUGCGUGAGCUGUGCGAGCAGGGAUACAGGGACGGGCUGCGCUUCCUACGGAGGAACGGUCUCCUGAACCAGCCCAACCCCCUGGCAGCUCUGCCACCUGCCCUCCCCCGCCCCCCUGAGGAUGAGCGCACUCAGGCCGAGGGGAGGGUCACUGCGGAGGACCACAUCCUGGAGCACCUCCCAGUCAGGGUCAAUGAGGCCCUGCUGGCGGCCUGUGUGGAGCCCAAGGACUUUCUGACCACCUUCUCCAACAUGCUCCCUGUGCGCCUGGCCACUGCCAUGAUGGUGCCCUACACGCUGCCUGUGGAGAGCGCUGUGUCCUUCACCAUCCGCCUGCUGGAGUGGCUGCCUGACGUCCCUGAGGACAUCCGGUGGAUGAAGGAGCAGACAGGUAGCAUCUGCCAGUACUUGAUGAUGCGUGCCAAGAGGAAGCUGGGCAGCCACCUGCCCUCCAGGCUAACAGAGCAGGUGGAGCUCCGCCGUGCCCAGUCACUGCCCUCGGUGCCACUGUCGUGCGCCACCUACAGUGAGUCGCUGCCCGACUGGAUGCGCACCAGCCUCUCCCUGGGGGACACGCUGGCCAAGUGGGAGGAGUGCCAGCGGCAGCUGCUGCUCGGACUUUUCUGCUCCGACUCAGCCUUCCCACCUGACGCCCUGUGCAUGCGCGCACCUCCUGAGCCCACCGUAGCACCCCCCCAGCACCCGCCGGGCCUGCCCCCGUGCUGA